AGAGAGAGAGAGUAAAAGAGAGCCUGGCACACGGACAAAGCGCUUGUCUCCCCUCCUUCUCCCAAUGUGAAACAGCCCUUUGAAGAGGAAGCGAGGAGGGCAGUCCUGUAUUCCCAUUCAGCCUGGACUCUAGUGAGCAUUUAGUGUGCUGACGCUAACCAAGACACCAGACCAGACACAACACAGUCAGAGUCAGAGAACCAGCUGAGGACCUCACAGAGCACAGGCAUGAACGACAUCAAGCUGGCUCUGCUGGGAAGUGAGGGGGCUGGGAAAUCAGCCGUCCUUGUGCGCUUCCUGACCAGGCGCUUCAUCGGUGAAUAUGCCUCCAAUACCAAUUCACUGUAUCAUAAAAGGCUGUCGAUUGAUGGCCGGCAGCUGAACCUGGAAGUCUUUGACCCUUGCUCUGAGCAGAGUUCGGAGGCCAGGUGCAUACUUGAGGAGCCGGUGGACUGGGCAGAUGGCUUUGUGGUCGUGUACAACAUCAGUGACCGCAGUUCCUUCAUCCACGCCAAGAACAUCCUGCUGCAGAUUCGGGAGGCGCGCAUGGACAACUGCAAAGGUGACGUGGAGGUUCCCGUGUGUCUGGUGGGCAACAAGCAGGACCUGUGCCACAUCCGGCAGGUAUGUGAGGACGAGGGCCGCUGCCUGGCACAGGAGAACCACUGCAACUUUCAGGAGGUGUCGGCGGCCGAGAGCUACCAAGACAUCGCCAACCUCUUCACACAGCUCAUCCGGCAGGUGAUGGAGCACCUGAAGUACAGAGCAGACCGACGCCGCUACAGCGGCUCCAAGUCCAUGGCUAAACUCAUCAACAACGUGUUUGGCAAGAGGAGGAAGUCAGUGUGACGGCUCCAGUGUUGACAGUAGAUGAUGAUGAGUUGCAGGGACACAGAGGCGGUGUGUAUGGACCCGGGAUUAACGGAACCAUAUAAUGUGCAAACUGUUGAGUAUGUGUUACAAACACCAACCCAGAAUGUUUACAUAGAAACUUGAUGUCAUUUACUUAAGGACCUUAAUACUUCCAACAGUGGUGCACAUGACCUUGAGGGCAGGCUCAAGAAAUAGUUUCAUGACAAAAAGGUCGAUUAUGAUACUCACAGAAUGUGUGUGUUUUUAGUGCUUUCUCUAACAAUUCUAUAUUCUUUUUUGAUAUCUUGCUUAUAUUUUUUUUUAAGUGGUCUAUAAAAUACACAUCUGGCACAUCUAUUUAGAGCUCUGAGUCAGACUGAGGUUCGGUUAUGUAAAGCUGUGCCAUUAUUAAACUAUACUGACUGUACGAAAAGAAUGAUAAAGGUGUAAAUGAUCCUGCCCAGGUGCCACGAGCCUGUGAGGAAAAUGUAAAUGAAGCACAGUCUGUACUUGUAGAAACAGGUCUAAUCAGACAACGAAAGUCAAACCACCUGAUUACCAUGCGUUGGACCUUUGGAAGGAAAAAUCUUCGGUUCGGACUCAAAUUGUUGUUUUCGGAUAAAUUAGAAUUAUGCAUGAUGUGAGCUCAAACUAAUAAGAGUCGUGAUUUAAAUCAGCAAUCAUCUGAUUAGCCAAAAGAGUCCAAGAAUGUAACCGCACAUUUGGUGCCAACUUUCAGAACUUAGUGACUUUUGAUAAAAAAACAACAACAACAACAACAACUCCUGACUCUAAGAGUAUCAGCUCUUUUCCAAACAUAAUGUCUUGCUGCUUUUAACGCUGUAGAUUUCACACAUGAAGUACAACUAUAAUUUGGACGCAUGCACAUCUGAGGACGCUGAGUGAACACGUCAACACGUCACAUUUAAACCUGGAUUGAAGCAUCCUGUGGCAAUUUGUAUCCUGCAGCUGCUCAACUGUUUUUCUAAAGAAUCCACAGAUACUGUUUGUCAGUUUAGACGAGAGGGAUGAAGUUUAUUGACUCUUUUAAGAACAUUGUGCUCAGAUAUUUUAUUAUACAAUAAUAAAGCAUGUUGAUACUAUGAUACUGCAAACGUGUUUGUUUAAACCCCCCCAUGCACAAUACAAGACCCACCAGCAUUUGUAUCCUUUUCUUUUGAUAGACUGUGUUUAUAUUAAUGUCAAAUGUAUUAAUUCCUGUAUGUAUUUGGCCUUUUAACAGAACACUACUAAGAGCUACCGUAACUAAUGCCAAUUAAGGUCAUGGACUCAUUCUUUGCUGAGCUAUUCUUCUUAAAUCCAGUUAUGUAAUCGACAUACUGUACAGAAUGUACCAGACAUUGUGUGGAAAAAAAAAGAAAAAGUAAUUCAAACAGUUUUUGUGCUUUUUUUAAUGGUGUUUUCCUCUCUUGUAAAUACUGUAAAAACACUGCUUGUUCCAGAGGAAAUUAAAAUUAAACGGUGUCUGAUAACAA